AUGAAGUUAAAGAGACUUCUCUUUUGUAUUCUACCCUCUCUCCUAACUCUGUUCAUCGAUGGCCCUUUGAUAACGACAGCUCAAAAUGUCAACUCUUCUUCUUCUUCAAGUUCCUGUAGUCGAAUCUGCGGAGGAGUCUCAAUUCCUUUCCCAUUCGGAAUCGGACGUAAAGACUGUUAUCUCAACAACUGGUACGAGGUUGUAUGUGACACCACCACCUCCGGCUCCGGCCAGACCCAUGCUCCAUUCCUCUCUAAGAUCAACAGAGAAUUAGUGAGCAUCACUCUUCGAAACAGCAUCGAUAGUUCCUACGGAGUCGUUCACAUCAAAUCUCCAGUGACUUCCUCAGGCUGCUCUCAACGAGCCCAAAAGCCUCUUCCUUUAAACCUCACCGGUAAAGGAAGCCCCUUUUUCAUCACCGAAUCGAAUCGACUCGUCUCAGUAGGUUGCGACACCAGAGCAUUGAUUACCGACAUCGAAUCUCAGAUCACGGGAUGCGAAUCGAGCUGCGACGGAAGUAAGACUCGUCUAGACAAGAUCUGCGGUGGUUACAGAUGUUGUCAGGCGAAGAUUCCGGCAGAGAGGCCUCAAGUAAUCGGCGUUAGCCUAGAAAGCUCCGGUGGUAACUCAACUCUAGGAGGAAACUGUAAAGUCGCUUUCUUUACGAACGAGACUUACUCUCCGGCGAAUGUUACGGAGCCGGAGCAGUUUUAUACCAAAGGGUAUACUGCGAUUGAGCUUGGAUGGUUCUUUGAUACAUCGGAUUCUCGGUUAGCGAAUCCAGUGGGAUGUGUGAAUUUGACGGAAACUGGGAUUUACACUAGCGCACCGAGCUGCGUUUGCGAGUAUGGUUACUUCUCUGGGUUUGGUUACAGUAACUGCUACUGCAAUGAGAUUGGUUACAGAGGGAAUCCAUAUCUUCCUGGUGGAUGCAUUGACAUUGACGAAUGUGAGGAAGGAAAAGGACGAAUCAGCUGUGGAGAACAAACUUGUGUGAACGUCCCUGGAUCGUUUAGAUGCGAGCCGAAGGAAACAGAAAAGAUCAAGCUUGUGAUUCAAGGUCUUGUUCUAGCUUUGGCACUGUUGUUCUUGGUUUUUGUGAUAUGGGGAUUGAUUAAAUUCAUUAAGAAGAGAAGGAAGAUCAUCCGGAAGAGGAAGUUCUUCAAACGUAAUGGAGGCUUGUUGUUGAAACAACAGUUGACUACAAAAGAAGGAGGCAGUGUGGAGACAUCGAGGAUAUUCAGCUCGAAAGAGCUGGAGAAAGCAACGGAUAACUUCAACAAGAGCAGGGUUCUUGGGCAAGGAGGUCAAGGUACGGUGUAUAAAGGAAUGUUGGUAGAUGGACGAAUCGUGGCUGUGAAAAAAUCUAAAGUUUUGGAUGAAGACAAAGUUGAAGAGUUCAUAAACGAAGUUGGUGUUCUCUCGCAGAUUAACCAUAGAAACAUUGUGAAACUCAUGGGGUGUUGUCUCGAGACAGAGGUUCCUAUCUUGGUUUAUGAGCAUAUUCCAAAUGGAGACCUAUUCAAGCGGCUUCACGAUGAUUCUGAUGAUUACACAAUGACUUUGGAUGUGAGGUUGCGCAUUGCUGUAGAGAUUGCAGGAGCACUUGCUUACUUGCACUCGGCUGCAUCUACUCCGGUCUAUCACAGAGAUGUCAAGACCACAAACAUACUUUUGGAUGACAAGUACAGGGCCAAGGUGUCGGAUUUUGGUACUUCAAGAUCUAUAAACAUAGACCAAACUCACCUGACAACUCUAGUUGCAGGUACUUUUGGAUACUUGGAUCCAGAGUACUUUCAAACUAGCCAGUUUACGGAUAAGAGUGAUGUUUAUAGUUUUGGGGUUGUCUUGGUUGAGCUGAUAACCGGAGAAAAACCGUUUUCUGUUAUGCGGCCUGAAGAAAACAGAGGGCUUGCAUCUCAUUUCAUUGAGGCCAUGAAACAGAACAGAGUUCUAGAUAUUGUUGAUGCUCGGAUCAAAGAAGACUGCAAGCUGGAACAGGUGUUGGCUGUGGCGAAACUUGCCAGAAGGUGUUUAAGCCUGAAAGGAAAGAAACGGCCAAACAUGAGAGAGGUCUCGAUUGAGCUUGAGAGGAUCCGUUCAUCACCUGAAGAUUUGGAGGUACAUAUCGAAGAGGAGGAAGAAGAAGAAGAAGAAACCGCGAUGGAAAUCAACAUAGAUGAUUCUUGGAGCGUCGACAUGACUGCUCCAGCAUCGCUCUUUGAUUUAUCGCCCAAGUUAGAUGUUGAACCACUGGUCGUUCCUCAACGAACAUGGUGAUGAUGAAAUGUUGUGAUAAGACAACAAAAAUUGUAACAGAUUGUUGUUUAAUUGUAUGAUAAAACUAAGUCUGUCAAUGUUCCACAAUAUAACCUUUG